AUGGAUAGUUUGGAUCAGGCCCUUGAAUCCAGUCAAGAUAAAACCAAUGAUUCAAAUGCUUCUGAUGAGGUUCAGUUAACAGGGCAUGCUGAAGGAAUGGCUGCGUCAUAUGAAGUAGGUGACUGUUUUUCUGCAGGUCAGGUGACCUAUCGUGUGGUGCAAGUGACACAGGAUGGCAGUGAAGCCACAGCACAAGUUGUGUCCACAGGUUUUCCACCAGGAUCACAAGUAGCACAGGCUGUGAUCCAGGCUCCCUUCAGUAAUGGAGGUAGUCCAACCCCAGAUAAUCAAUCAGAGACAAGAUUUACAUAUUUCCCCUCUGCUUCAACUGGGGAAGGUGCUGUAACCUCUCAAGCUGAUGUUUCUACGGCAACUGCAAUUGGCCCUGUAACUACUGCUGGAGGUCAGUUCUAUGUCAUGAUGUCACCACAAGAUGUUCUUCAAGGACAAAGAAAUAUUGCACCUAGAACAGGUUUUACACCAAAACUUGAGGGAAGGUCAACUCGUGAUGAUCGGAGACGUGCAACACAUAAUGAAGUGGAAAGACGGAGAAGGGAUAAAAUUAAUAAUUGGAUUGUACAUUUGUCAAAAUUAGUGCCAGAAUGCUCUCAAGAUCAUAACAAACAAGGACAAGUUAAUGCAAGCAAGGGGGGAAUACUCGCGAAAGCUUGUGAAUACAUCCAGGAAUUGCGAACAGCUAAUGCUCGAAUGGCUGAAAGCCUGAAAGAGACAGAGCGGAUAUCAGUUGACUGUGAUUUACAUCGACAACAAUGUGAAGAAUUGAAACAGGAGAACUCUAUAUUGCGUGCCACACUCCAACAACAUGGGAUUGGAGUACCAGAUCAUACUGGUGGUGCCUCAUGA